CAAAUGAGCCCCUGACAGCUGCGAAACCGGGGACCGGAGCCGUUAACUCCCUCAGAACCGACGGGAUUUCGUCAUGGAGAGCACGGGGACCCCGUCGAAGACGUCCGGCGGCGCGGUUUAACGCGAAGGAGAUCAUGUUCCGCUUGUUCUCGCUGGCGGCGGCGGAGCGCGGGAGACAGAAGCGGCGGCUCGAGCUCAGUCUGGCGGGAAUCUGUGAGCUCGAGCUGCUCAAGCGGAGGCACGAGGCGAUGGUCGCCGGCGCGCUCGCGCUGCACUCACCCGAACCCGAACCCGAACCGGAGCCCGAACCCGAGCCGAGGAGAGCCGAGCGGCCGCCGGACGGCUCGUGGAGUCUGAUGAACAUCUUGCAGCAUCAGGUUGGAGAACUGAAGAUGGACGCAGACGGCAGCUCUGGAGACGCUCGGGUCUCUUCAGGUUUCUCGGAGCAGGCUGAGGGUCUGUCUCCUGUCCCGUCUGAGUCUUCUGGUCUCGGUGAGAUCCGCUCCGUCCGGCUCUCUGAGAGACCCAAGUCUGUUAGUGAUGUAUUCGUCGGUCGUGAGCUGAACACUCGCCCUGUGGUUCCCCGCUCUUUCUCAGCACCCUAUCCGCCUCUAGAGGGCAUCACUGAAGACGAGCCGUGGAUCUGGCAUCCCAGCGAGGACGCAGAGGAGGAAGAGCCCUGCGAAGACGGCUUCAGAGAGACGCAGCGCGCAGAAACCUACAUCCUGGGCCUGAUCCAGCGCCGCUCGCCUCCGGCCCGACCCUCUAAACCCCGCACCAGUCUGGGGCCCGAGGGCCGAGCCGUGACCCGCCAGAGCAGCCUGUGCCGCAAGGAUCCGCCGUACAUCCCCGAGGAGAGACACGCGUGCUACCCCCGAGUCGCCGGCAUCCUCUGCGGAGCCCUGGACCCCAGCAGCAGCGAGGCCGAAUGCUAUCCGAACGCUCGCUCGCCGCCGACCGACGAGCUCGUGAACGCUCAGUACAUCCCAGCGCAGCCGUGUCGCGCACAGACCGCCACGCGCACCGGACACACGCCGCUCCCAAACCCUCCGCCUCGCAUCAGAGCCGCGGCCAAGAAGUGCCGCUUCACCGAAGACAAGGCCGCGCCGAAGAAACCCGGACGAAAAGCGUGCCGCGCUCAAUCCGAGAACAGCCUCCUCGGGCAAAGAGAGCGCAAAUAUAACACGAUGGAGCGCGACACUCAAGUCAAAACCCGCCGCGGCUCCGCCCACCGCCGCUGGCGCUCCACGCUAGAACUGAGUCAGGACGAAGCCGAGGCGCCUCCCGAGCAGCCAAUCAGACGCUCGCGCAAACCUCGUGUCUACGCCCCGCCGCACCUUCAUCAUCAUCAUCCUCAUCAGCACCAGUUCCCGCCGGACGGCUACGUGCUCCAAGAGUCCGAGUCCAGUCUGAGCGAAGCAGAGUCGCCCGGCUCCAGCUCGCUCUCCAGCGACUCCGAUGAGAGCAGCGGAUUGGUCUGGCCGCAGCAGCUCCGCCCACAGCUGGCCCCGCCCUCUCCGUCACAUCCGCCGCAGCCCAAGGCCUUCGUGAAGAUCAAGGCGUCGCAUGCGCUCAAGAAGAAGAUCCUCAGGUUCAGGAGCGGAUCGCUUAAAGUCAUGACCACCGUAUGAGCGACAAAAUGAGCGGAAAGUCAAAUGGAUGAUUGACAGAUGAUCUGACCAAUCAUAACACCAGAUCUGUUUGUCUGACAAACAAACCAGACGGGAGAGUAGAUUAGCAUUGGUGAACUUGAUCUUGAAAAACGGUACAUUACCAUCUUUACGCAGGUACCUUCUUAGUUUCAUUCAUGUUUAUUUCACGUUUUAACUACACUCUUCAAAACAAAUUCCCCAAAAGGGUAUUUUUGCCAUUUUUGGUUGAAACGGUGAACAGUUACUGAAAGAACCGUUUUGAAGAACCUUUUCCGCAUUUGAAAGCUUCCAUGGAUGUUCAAGGUUCUUCACAGUACCAUCAAUGCCAACCUUUAUUUUUAAGAGCGUAGCACAGAGAGAACCAGUCAGUGAUCAGCUCGCAUGAGCGCUGCAGAAAGGAGGAACAUUUCCAGGAAGUUUCAGAAGCGUGUUUUGGAAUCUUUUGGGGAUUUUUGGAAAGUUUCUGGAAGUUUACCGGACAUCUUCCAACCCUAGUUCACGUGCAGCUUGAACCAGACCUUACAGUAAUUAGUCACGUACACACUGCAGGUUUCAGGAGUGAUAACCGCAUUUGAAUAAAGGAGUGAGUUCUUUAAAUCAGAACAUUUUGUCAUCUUUGUUUUGGGCUGAAGACGUUUGUCUCUGUUGGUUUUAACUUCUGCUGAAAGACGUGCUGUGUUUUGGGAGAUAUCCUGAAGCGUUGCCAUGUCCUUAUAUUUAGAAGCUCUUUUAGGCAUGUUUGGUCUUAGCGCAUAAAGCUACGCCGUUUAUGGAGUUAAUAAAGUGGUCGGUUGCGGAUAUGAGAUACGAUGUGUUAUAAAACACAAAGCAUUUGAUUGUUUUAGUGUUUUUUUGAGCUUGUUUGGUGGUUUAUUUUUCUAUGAAGAUCUGGCAACGCUGACGCUUUAGCACAAGGCUCGUGAGCACAACUUUCUAUGCAGUUCUGUACACACUGCAUAGAGUUUCUGUAAAUGCGGUUGCCACUACCUUUAUUUUAUUGAAUUAUGUGUGAAUCGAAUGUGGUCAAGGAGUUAAAGGUGAAUCUGCAGUGUGCAGGUGUCUAUCAAAGAACCACAAAACUAUUUAUUGUUUGAAUUUUUAUUUAAAAAAAAAAAAAAGACCUUGUUUCAUACCAGAAGUGAGUCGCUCUGUCUGUUGUCACUUUGUGAUGUAUUUUUCACUGCGUGAGAACGGCAUGGCCUGUUGGGCGUAGCAACCGUAACUAAGGGGGGCGGAUCUUUGUAAUAUGGGUAAGAAAUUGCAGUGGAACGAAUUUAAAGAGAUUCAGGUGUUUGUAUUUCAUUAUAUGUAUAGAAAGCGAAAGAGAAACUUUAAAAAGAUGCAUAAAGAAAAAAAAAAAGCAACCAUAAAUAUUAGUACUUUUUAAAUGUACUAUUAUUUUAUAUAAAUUAAUUUUUAUUAUUAUUAUUAUUAUUAUUAUUAUUAUUUUGGUUGUUGUAAUUAUUAUAUAUAGUUAUGAUAUAAUUUAAAUAAUUGGGAAAUUUCAGUAGUAAUAUGUAUCUUCUAAAUACGUUCAUUUGAUGUAAUAAUGAUGAUGAUAAUACUAAUAUUAAUAAUAAUAAGUAGUAACAUAAAGUCCCCAAAUUAGUUCUGCCUUAUUUUGUUUUCGUCUGGUAGAAAAUAGCCACUGCCGGAUCAGGUCAUAUAUAUAUAUAUAUAUAUAUGUUUCCCUAAUGAUGCCUUAAUUUAGCCCAAAAUCUUUAAACUUCAUGAAGCAGCUGUUCCUGUUUGAAUCUGUUUCUGGUCUGUUUGUGUUGAACAGAUGAGGUUUCUCUGUUGUGUUGUAUUUCUUCAGAUUAAGGUUCAGUAAAUUCCUCUUCCUGUCAUUCCAGUUGAAUUUCCUGUGUGUUCUGCCCAGUUCAAUUCCUUUGGCUGAUAGCGGUGACCGAUGACGCAUCUGAUGCGUAGCGCUGCUCGUGAUGAGAUUCACUCUAUGAUUCACUCUAUGAUUCACUCUUUGAUUCACUCUAUGAUUCACUCGUUUGAUUCACUCGUUUGAUUCACUCUUUGAUUCACUCUUUGAUUCACUCUUACUGACUUCACUCUCAAAAAACGGAGAUGAGAGCAUCGCUCGUGUAAAUGCCUGUAAAUGUUCCCUGUAUUUAUGAAUGUAAACUGUAAAUAAAAACCUGCUGCCAUGUUUGCAA